GCCUACAUCGUGAAACAAAUGGUAGGCACGAUGCAAGCCAAAUAAGAACCUAAUUAACGAACAUCACUAGUGUAUGUAACCCCUCUUGAAAAGUGGCAUUUUAUACCCGAUAACGUUCACAUACAGAUCUCAAAUGUAUGAAAAUAUUUCGUUUACGCCGAUGUCACGGGACACUGCCCUUUCAUCUCAUUCAAGUGUUUAACAUUGACGUUAAUGAUUGUAUAAUGUCACUUGUAUACAAGGACAGGUAUGAUAAAGGACCAGAUAACAGCUUCACGUUGUUCCAGGGCGAGAGCCCCGGGCCGGAGCGGCGCAACGGCGAGUGCGAGCCGUCAGAGAUGCCGCCCUCGGACGCGCCGCCCGCGCCCACCGCACCCCCGCCCGAACCUCCCGCCACUAACAGCCCACAGAAGACUCGGUCGCUAGUGGUGUCGCUGACGCCGCCGCGGGAGCGCGAGACAUGGGCCAAGAAGGCGGAGUUCCUGCUGGCCGUGGUCGGGUUCGCGGUCGACCUCGGCAACGUGUGGCGCUUCCCUUACAUCUGCUAUCAGAACGGGGGUGGUGCCUUCCUAAUCCCAUACUGCGUGAUGCUGUUGUUCGGCGGGAUGCCGCUGUUCUUCAUGGAGCUGGCGCUGGGGCAGUACCACCGCUGCGGCUGCCUCACGCUCUGGAAGAGGAUCUGCCCGGCGCUUAAGGGCGUCGGCUACGCGAUCUGCAUGAUCGACAUCUACAUGGGCAUGUACUACAACACGAUCAUCGGCUGGGCGGUGUACUACCUCGUGGCAUCCAUCUCGUCCAUCAACUCGGUGCUGCCGUGGACCAGCUGCAACAACGAGUGGAACACGCCUCUCUGCUCGCCUGUCACGGCGCCGCAGACUAACCCCAAUGCUUCGACACCAGCUAAGGAGUUCUUUGAACGCAAUGUGCUGGAGCAGCACAGGUCCAACGGGCUGGACUAUAUGGGCCCCAUCAAGCCGUCUCUCGCGCUCUGCGUCUUUGGCGUAUUUGUGCUCGUCUACUUCUCGCUGUGGAAAGGAGUCAGGAGUGCAGGAAAGGUGGUGUGGGUCACAGCGUUAGCUCCUUACGCUGUGCUGCUGAUAUUAUUGGCGCGGGGAGUCACAUUGCCAGGAGCUACCGAAGGCAUCAGAUAUUAUCUGACACCGGAAUGGCAUAAGCUACAGAAUUCAAAGGUGUGGAUUGACGCCGCCUCUCAGAUCUUCUUCUCUCUGGGUCCUGGGUUCGGAACCCUGCUGGCGCUCUCCAGCUACAAUAAGUUCAACAACAACUGCUACCGGGAUGCCCUCAUCACCUCAUCCAUCAACUGCCUCACCAGCUUUCUCGCAGGCUUUGUCAUAUUCUCUGUGUUGGGCUACAUGGCUCACGUGCAGAACAAGAGCAUCGAGGAGGUGGGGCUGGAGGGCCCGGGGCUGGUGUUCAUCGUGUACCCGGAGGCCAUCGCCACCAUGACCGGCUCCGUCUUCUGGGCCAUCAUUUUCUUCCUCAUGCUCAUCACACUUGGAUUGGAUAGCACCUUCGGAGGCCUGGAAGCGGUGACCACGGCCCUCUGCGACGAGUACCCGCGGGUGCUGGGUCGGCACCGCGAGCUGUUCGUGGCUGUACUACUGCUCUUCAUCUACAUCUGCGCUCUGCCUACCACCACUUAUGGUGGUGUAUACCUGGUGGACUUGCUGAACGUCUACGGUCCGGGCUUGGCCAUCCUGUUCGUGGUAUUCGCGGAGGCGGCCGGAGUCUGCUGGGUAUACGGUGUGGACCGAUUCUCAGAAGACGUGAGGACCAUGCUGGGACACACGCCCGGCUGGUUCUGGAGGGCCUGCUGGUCUUAUAUCAGCCCGGUGUUCCUGCUGGUGCUGUUCGUAGUCUCAGUGCUGGCUCACGAGGAGAUGCUCGGCGGCGAGUACACGUACCCCGCCUGGUCCAUCACUGUGGGCUGGGUCAUGACCGGCACCACCGUCUCCUGCAUCCCGCUCUACAUCGUCUACAAGUUCCUGAUCACGCCUGGAGGCUUCAUGCACCGCAUCAAAACCAUAAAGCGACCUGAAGUGAUCUCGAUACCGCCGGCAGACCCCACGCUCUGCAGUCUGUGACCUGACACCUACAGCUCCACCCCCCUGCAGACCAAGCCAGCGAUCGAGUGGCUUGUCUAAAACUCUGCGAAACUGAUCAAACUCUGUAUUCUACAUAAUAAUCAACGUAUAUCAUGUAAACUCGAGUGGAAGACUCAGAUGAACAGUUUUGCAGCAACUCUCAAAUUGUUAACGAUAUUCAUCAUGUCAUACUUGAAAAAGUCAUGACGUAUUAUAGAUGUAAUCAAGUUUAUAGGAAUAAUAUUUAGGAAGUGUUUGUUAUGUCUGAUGUACAGAGUUUUAAUUCUAAAUGCAUUAUUUCUUCAUAUCAUCUUAGGGCUAUCGCUUUGGGCUGUAACAUUGUCAUAACCAAAGCUUGCAUUGAAAAUGUUAAUGAUGUUAAACUGCUUUAGUAUAUAAAAUAUACAACGAAUAUUCUGUACGUUACAACAUGGAUAUAUAGAGUUAGGAAAAGUUAGAAUAGUUCAAUCUGUAGCGAAAUUCGGUUAAUCGUAGAUACGUAAGACUUGCUGGACAGACUAUAAAAUGCACUUAUAUACAAAUAUAUAUGUCAUAGUAUGAUAUAUGCUUUCUUGUUUGAAGCAAGUUAUAAAUUUUAUGAAAAUACUCAGUAGUAAAUUAGAUAGCUUUAAGCAAACCCCAUUGUAAAUAUGCUUUGUAAUAAAGUUAAAAAUAUACAUGUUUCUGUAUUUUUGGGCAAUGAAUCCAGAAAUAUUGUAUAUUUUAUUCAUAUAUUAACGUGUAUAUAAGAACGUGAAGUUUUAUGGGAACAUAUACAUAGUUUUUUCAAUCUUGAUGUUAGAACUUUAUUGUUAAAGGAUUUAAUAGAGGUAAAGAAAAAGUAUGUUUUAAUAUCUAUAUUUAAAUGUUCGUAGUCAGGUUCCUUUCGUCAACCAUCGUCAACCCUGACUGCUUCUGCUUCGUGUAACUCAAGUAUCAAAAGUUUUAAAUAAGUAGACUUUAAGGAAUUGUAGUCAGUUUAUCUUUGCAUAUAACAUAAGUCUUUUAAUAUGCUUCAAAUUUUCUCGUCAGUACAUAAUGUCGUUACAUGUUCCUUCAUGAAUAUUUACAUGUAAUCAGUGUUCGAACAGUAGAGAGUAGGAGUAGCGAAGAUCAUGUACGUAAAUGAUGCAUAAAUAUCCUUCAAAGUUAUAUAAACAUUUAUAAUGUAGUGUCUAGAAUCUCAGUAAUACUUAAGUGUUUUUGUAAAAAAAAAUAUUAAAAAUAGUUCAUAUACCCACAAAGUACUUAUAUAUUUUGUUUAAGUUUUUAUUUGUUGUUGUUUGUUAUUGUAUUCUGUCGUGUACUCCAGUUGAUGUGUAGUCUGUGUCGUGUGUAGACGUGUAUAACGGUUGUACGUGUGUAAAAUAAACGACAAAUGUGCAGACUGGGCCUGUAUCAGCCAUUACAGCUCCAUCUGCCAUUUGUUUUACGAAACUUGAUGUUUUAUUUAUAGAAUUUUAGGCAUAAUCACAACCUAGACUCUUUGAAUCACGACAUUAUGUAACCAAUAUUUAUCAUCACACCUGAGAGUAAAAUGAUACACUCCAGUAUAAUAUCUAAAUCAUCACUCAUCUCAGCCUAUUGCCGUCCACUGCUGAACGUAGGCCUAAACCAUCUAAAGCAAUCAUGAAGGUAGUAAAAAUCCCAGCCCACGUUAUAUGGGAGUAACUAGCAGCCCUAGUCUCAUAUAUAGAGACUUACAACAAAUAUUUUGAACCCAUAUGUUUUUGUUAACAUAAGAAAGAACUUAUGACCUUGAACAAGUUACAUCGAUAAUUUACCUUUGUCGGGAUCGAACCUACACCUUAGCAGCAUGCGUACUUAAUAAUUGAUACACAGAACCGCAAAGCCGCCGCUACAUUCAUCGUAAAGUAGAGGUUCAAAAAUGAGGUUCUAUCAAAUCUCUGCCAUCUUGAAUUUGACAUAUUUUGAAACGUCAAAAAGGGCAGUCAGUAUAAUUCUAACCAAAAAAAAUACAAUUGUAUAAAAUUAUAAGUGUGAUAAAAUUUAUCAAUGAAAUCGGAAAGUGAAGAUGUUAAGUAUAGAGGGGACUUGUAGCAUAAGCCUCCCACCGUUUGUAUGGCGGGCAAAGCUGUAAGCUUUAACACAAAUUGCAAGUAAAAACAGUAUGUAAGAUAACCAUCAUGAUCGCGGCGCGAGGUCAAGAGAUAUCGUUACUAUAAAUGGCAUCAAAGGGCGUCGAUACAGCACUGGUAAUUUAAAGAUCUGCUUUAAAUCGUAUGGGAUAAAGUGUGACUUGUACUGCUAAUGCACGUGCAUACCAAAUUAUUUCACUUUCCGGUUUUCACAGAGAAUUCACCACAGAAACGAUUCCACGAUUGAAUCAGCUGUUUUCUUACAUUCGGUACAUUUACCCAUGCAUUUAAAGUGUUCCUUAAAUUAAUGUGGUUAUUCCAAAUUAAAAGUUUUUUUUUUAAUUAUUUAAGUUUUUUAAAUAGAGCACUGCAAUCACUCUUCGUCUUGACGAUAGCUUUAUUUUUCUUCAUUUAUUAACAUAAAAUAAUACAGUGAACAUAGCAUUAGAGAGCAGCUGCUUUUCUCUUCCUUGCCUAUCCUGAAUUUUCAACCUUUUGGGCUUUAGCGUCUUUCGAUAAAUGGACUGUCCAAACAAAAACUUUUCGCAAUUCGAAUAGCUCUGCUAUUAAAGCAAUUCAACCAAUCACACCAAAUUAACAAUAUUAAAAAAAAUACUUGUCUUAUGAAGUAA